AUGCGGCGGGUUCUUAACCCCAAGCGCCCAGAGGGGGCUCCUGCCGACGGCCAUGUACAAGACUCUACUGGAGUUUCAGUUUGCCUCGUUAGGGCGCCUCUAAUGCCUUUUCUGACUGUUGAUGCUGGAUCAUCCAUGCUAUUCAGGCCGUUCAAGAGUCCUCUGAAGGGUCAUUUGCCAGGAUGCAGCGAAGAGUCCCUUCGGAAGACGCUGGGGGUCCGAAUGAAGCGUUCUUCAUGCUUCUUAAGUAACAUUAAACAGUUCAAAAGCCCCCCAGCUCUGUCUCCUACUGCCGCACCGGAACCUUCGGCCGGCGAACCCCUGAUCCUCUACGAGCCUCGGAAAGACGGUGAACACAGGGUAGAAGUCGACCCCAUGCUGACAAGCAUACUCCUGUUGCUUGGAGCACUAGGGGCUGUCUUUUAUGGGCAAGAUGCCAGUUCUGGAGGCUUCAGGUGGCUUCGCGAACAUCAAAGACAAGGUGUACGUUUUGUUUUCGAUUGCCUUAUGGGCCUCAAAGCUUUUGACGGCUUUGGGUGCAUUCUUGCCGACGAUAUGGGACUAGGAAAGACACUGCAAAGCAUUACAAUCCUUUGGACACUUCUUGAGCAGGGAAUUGACACCAUUCCAGGCACAGGUGCCCCGUGCACGUUCCCUUCUGCUGUUAAGCAGGAGCUGAAGUACUCCUCCAUCUUCUGUGCAACUGCUUCAGCUGCUAAACGGGCCGUUGUUGUUUGUCCGGCGUCUCUUGUCAAUAACUGGGCGGCAGAGUUGCAGAAGUGGCUGCAGGGACGAUGCCCCUGUACUGCUGUAGCGGACAGCUGCAAAGAUAAAGUUGUUUCCAAAUUUGAGGGCUUUAAAUAUGAUCGACAGUCUCGCGUGCUCAUUGCGAGCUAUGAGACAUUCAGAGCCCACGCACAUCGUGUUGCGUCCGUCCCAAUUGAACUUGUUAUCUGUGACGAAGCCCAUCGCUUGAAAAAUGAUAAGACAAAGACAUCUGUUGCUAUUAGCCAGCUCCCUGCCAAGCGGCGACUCCUUCUGAGUGGCACUCCCAUUCAGAAUGACCUUGACGAAUUCUUUGCCCUCGUGUCACUCUGCAAUCCUAAUGUCCUUGGAGACGCGUACACAUUUCGCAAACGAUACGCUUCGCCAAUUCUUGUGGGAAGAGAACCCGGAGCUACGGAAGCUGAACAGGAACUGGCUGCUGAGCGACUGACGGAGCUAUCUUCAAUCACAAAUCUCUUCAUUCUUCGACGCACCAAUGCCCUGCUCGCUAAAGUUUUACCCCCUAAAAUCAUUAUUGGAUUCGAGAAAUGUGCAAAGCUUUUUGAGGAACUAGACCUUGAAGGCACAAAGGCCCGCGUCCGUUCCAUCCGGCCUGAUAUGUCAGGGAAGAUGCUGCUACUUGCCAGGUUGCUUCAUGCAAUCCGUGUUAAUACACGUGACAAGGUCGUGCUGAUCAGCAACUACACGCAAACCCUUGACUUAUUUGAACGGCUGUGCAAAGAUUCUGGUUAUCCUUGUGUCCGCCUCGACGGCACUACGUCCAUCAAGAAGCGCCAUGACCUCAUUACUAAGUUUAACGACCCCAAUUGCUCAGCAGCUACCAGCUUUGCCUUCCUCCUUAGCAGCAAGGCGGGGGGGUGUGGCGUGAAUCUAGUUGGCGCUAAUCGUCUCGUGCUCUUCGACCCAGAUUGGAAUCCUGCAAAUGACAAGCAGAGACAAAUUUGUAAGGACGGCCUGAGCGCUAUGCUUGUUAGCGAAGGGGUCAACCAAAUGAAAGACUCGCUUUCGACGGACAUAGUGAAGGAUCUGUUUCAGCUGCGCGAGACGCGCUCCGACACUCACGACAUGCUCCAAUGCCAGCGCUGCCAGCCGAGUAGAGAAACUGAGCCAUUAGGAAUGGUCGCACAGCUAGUGGAUGGAUUCGAGGAAGAUGAUCUUCUCACCUGGGCACACCACUCUGACUUAAAAACAGUUCCUGAUGAAAUGUUGCUUAAGGCGAUUGAAGCAGCGGAAGGGGAUGCCGCAGAUGCUCUCUCCAGUGACACACAUGAAGCGCCGACAGAGAUACCCAGCCAUUUCCAGCCUGUUUCAUUCGCAAUGUCCUGCAAAGUUGAAUUUACCAAAGAAUCUGAAGAAACGAAUUCGGCUGGGGCACCAGCGCCAAAAAAAGUGAAUCAUGGAGAAGCGUGCCUCUCUGAAAUGAGGGUAGUUUCAUCAGCACCUCCCACGUCGCCUCAGCAAACUACUGCUCUGGGGCAGUAUUCAUCUCUAGAGAAUGCUCUUGUCAAGCCUAUCGACCGCGGUGAACGUCCAGGUAUUUUGCAAAACCGGGAGAACGUCUGUGUCAACACGUCUGUAACAACCGCCUGUGCAGAAGCUCCUUCAAGAGAAGCUCUCCACGCAGUCGAUGACACUUCAGACGUUUCCUGCAGCAGCGAAGGCACCAUCACAAGUGAAGGGGAAUCGGAUAGUGAGGAUUUAGACGCAGUGGCGGAAGAUGAAAGUCCCAGCGACAGCGAUUCCGACUAG